AUGGAAGUCGCGCUGGCAGUUGGCGCUGAAGCCAGCCGCGUAAGUCGCCGUAUACUGCAGAAGAUCUGGGACCCGGAGCCGAUUAACGACCGGGAUUCCAACGAACCCGUCUGGUGCCUCGGCCGUUCAUAUAAACUCGCACCUGAAACACCAUCCCCAGUUACCACCGCUACCUCACCAGUUGACGGCGCCAUCGAUGCCGCACCAGCUCCGAUUGCCACCCCGGGUACGACUAAUCGGCAAGCUAUCGAUACCCCACCAGAUUCACUCGCAAGCAGCUUCGAUUCCUCGCUCGCGUAUGAUAAUCGGAACCAAGACAGUGGUUGGCCUCCCGCCUUCUUGGAUGACUUUGGAUCUCGGAUAUGGAUGACUUACCGAACUGGUUUCGAGCCGAUUCCGAGGUCCACCGAUCCCAAGGCGGCUUCGGCGUUGUCCUUCACAAUGCGCCUCAAGACCUCAUUCGGGGACCAAACCGGGUUUUCAUCCGAUACAGGUUGGGGUUGUAUGAUUAGGUCGGGCCAGAGCUUGUUGGCCAAUGCACUGUUGAUUUCACAAUUGGGACGAGAUUGGAGGCGAACCACAGACCCCGGUGCCGAGCGUAAUAUCGUCGCGCUGUUCGCUGACGACGCUCGCGCGCCCUACUCCUUACAAAACUUCGUAAAACACGGAGCGAUUGCGUGUGGGAAACACCCUGGGGAGUGGUUUGGACCGUCGGCAACAGCGCGCUGCAUCCAGGCUCUGGCAGACCAACACGAGAGCUCGUUGCGGAUAUACUCUACAGGGGAUCUCCCUGAUGUCUACGAAGACAGUUUCCUAGCCACUGCCAGGCCUGAUGGCGAGACGUUCCAUCCAACGUUGAUAUUGAUGGAACAGUCUAUCGGCAUUGCAGGGGGACGACCUUCGUCGUCACAUUAUUUCGUUGGUGUUCAGCGACAGUGGUUAUUCUACCUCGAUCCACACCACCCGAGGCCAGCCCUCCAGUAUCGCGAAAAUCCUCUCAACUAUACAUUGGAAGAGCUAGAUUCCUGCCACACGCGGCGGCUACGUUAUCUCCACGUCGAGGAUAUGGACCCUAGCAUGCUGAUUGGCUUCCUGAUUCAGGAUGAGGAUGACUGGGAUAUGUGGAAAAGUGCAGUGAAGCACGUACAGGGCAAAUCCAUCAUCAACGUAUCGCGCCAUGACCCGGCGCGGGGUAUGGGCGGAGCACGGGCUGAAGCGAUUGACGAAGUGGAAACCCUGAGUGAUGAUGACGACGUGGACACAGUACUUGAACAAUAA